UUUUUUCUUUGCUUCAGUGAAAUUUUAUUUAAUUUCGUUGUAAUCCGUACUGACGUUAUAAAUUUUAUUAUGUCGUGCAAAACUUUAAUUUGUUUAACAUUCUUAUUGGCAAUAUUUGCUGUUUGUUUAGCAGCAAAACCACCAAGAACAUGUCACAGUUGUAGUGGAUUAACUUGUUUAAGAACAUCUUAUGAAAAAACUGAACAAUGUUUAGAUUCAUUAGAUUUUUGUGUAACAAUAUUCGAUAAAUCGCAAGUUAUUCGACGUGGCUGCUAUUUAAGUGUACCAGAAGAAGAACGCCGUAAAUGUGAUAAACGUGUUUCACCAGACUGUCACAAAUGUAAUGAAAAUAAAUGUAAUACUUUAAAUCGCGAAGAUGUUUUAUGUAUUCAAUGUGAUUCUGAUUCGAAUCCCGAUUGUAAAUCGAAUCCAAGUAAAAUUACACCAACAAGAUGUAAUGUUCCAUCAGGUGCCAAUUCUUAUUGUUAUGUUAAAUAUGAAGACAAAAAAACAAUUCGUGGCUGUUCAGUUAAAGUUGCCGAACAAAGAAAUUGCUUAAAUGACAUUAAAUGUAUGUUAUGUUUACCAAAAGAUGUUGAAGGUUGUAAUAGAGUUGAAUUUGAACCAGGUUCAGCAAGAUCAUUGUUUAUUUUUUAAAAAUAAAAUAUAUUAAAUACAAAAAUUAUAUUAUUUGAAAAUGUUGUUGGCAAAAUGUAAAAUAUAAAUAAAAAAAUAUUUAUUUUAAAAAUA